UCGCAAUCAGUCAGUCAAUCUGGGAGCGGUCGUGGUGGGUUCCUCAUGCAGUUGGGCGUCAGGUUGAGCUCGUCCGUCAGUGCAGGCCCUUGGCGGGAAUAGCACUCGACCCUGCUAAACGCCUAACAAGCGGAUGACAUACUUUGAACGUCUCACGUCUUCUCGGCCGCAGCGGUUGACAGGGCCAUGGUCCACAGAGCGGCUCACCACAGGCACCUCGUGCGUUAACCGCACAGGAGAGCAACAUGAUCUCAACACGGACGCCAAACAGAGGGAAAUGGUCGCCGACCAAGGCGGCACGGUACAAGAUAUCACGGAUCAGAUCCGAUGCUCCACGACUGCGCCGCACGUAAAGCUAGGGAUAAUACUAUGUUCCCCUUUUUUGCGACCUUGUUGUUUGCCGUUUACCAAGAGAAGAAAAGUAAGGGCUUGCGUUUUCGGAUCUGUUUACUCAUGGCCAAGUGCCGAUCUCGAGAUCCGAAGCGGAAGGGGUACGAUGCUACGUAGGCUAUGCUGCGUUUGUCAAUUUGAUUUCACUGGACAGGCCAAACCCACCUGUUAUUUAAUCAAAAUGGCUCUUUUGUAGCUGCAAUUGCAGCCCUCUCUCUCUACCCCGGGUUUUCUUUUCUGUUUCAUUUUCAAGCACACUUGGAAGCAACGUCUGAUCAUAUGUUGGAAAAGGCCAUCUGCCAUCAUGCAUCCCACUCGGCAGUCCAGGGUACAA